AUGGCUCCCAUUUUCAAGCUCAUCGGCCUCUCAUGCUACUCCAACUAUAUGCAUGGUGAUGGAGAUGACGUUUAUGGCCUUGCUGUAUGCUACAAGAUUCGUAUUGGUACUUAUGACGGGGAUGACCACGACGUUCCCCACUAUGACUACGCUCCAGCAGCGUCCACUGAAUGGGAUGGUGACGACGACGACGACGACUAUCCUGACUAUGAUUUUGCACCAGUAGCAUGA